AUGACCGCAUCUGCCAACAACGCCCGCAAUGGCUCCAUGCUCCCUCCGCCCACCCAGUAUCAUGGCCACAAGCGGCAAGCCUCCAAUCGUCCGUCUCAGAUCAUCCAAGAAGACACCGCAGACUCACAUAUUCCAGUGCCCGAACCUCCAUCCAAGCGAAAGACUUUGGUAGAGAGAGCUGGCGAACCGUUGAAGCAGAGCUUAGCGGCUCCUCGUUCGAACACCGCCGUCAGCAGCUCUGUAUCGUCCGUCAUAUCUGCUCGUUCAGGAUCGAGCUUCUCUCAAUCCUCGAGAAACACGUCAAACCACUCCCGCCACACUUCGAACUCGUCGUUCUCCGCCAGCGUCAACUCAGGCAUCCGUCCACCCGCAUCCACCCUAGCUCGACCUAAGACAUCCCUCGCCAAAGAACGUAAUGGACAAGCCGCUCCGAGGCCAGCUACAUCACAUGGGAACCGUGCCCAGCCCAAGGAGGAUGCCAGAUCUAAGCGUAUGUAUCCCACAAGCCCCGUGAAACCUGUAUCACCUUCCCCACGGAUGGAUUUCUCUGUCACGAAGAGAGGCGCCCUUUCCACAGCUUCCCAUGUGAGCAGGAUAUUGUCUUCCCGUGAGGUCUCUCUUUCCAAGGCUUUUGCAGGCAUGCGCUUGACCAGCAGCAAUGCUGAGCUUGCACCAUCCCCCGCCAAAAGUCCUACGAGGAUCCCACGUGCCAAACUCUCUUCCCCCAAGAAGCUGCAGGACAUUCCCAAGAUCACGCCGCCGAAGAUGACUCCCCCAGAGCGUCCUAUAUGGCACCCUUCUCCUAUUCCCGUAUCCCCAUCCAAAUCUAGUAAGAAACGUCAAUUUCUAACUGUCGAUUCUAAUUUAGAAGACUGGGACCCCGAAGAGCAAUAUGGCAAUAUGGAGCGUAUGUAUCAAGACGUGUGCUCCCACUACAAGGUGGCGAUGGAGGACAACAGCAGUUUUCGAGAGACGACCAGCGUGUACAAGCAAGCAGUUGCCAAGCUCGAAGAAGAACGGUCAUCCCUAACAGAAUCAAUCAUUGCCCUGAAAGCUGAGAACGAGACGAGCAAGUAUCGGGUCAGCGCUGCUGAACGCGAGAAGCUGGAAGCAAAGCGUGAUGCCGAGGAAGAGAUCGAGGAGGUCCGACGCCAAUUCCGCAUCGAGAUGGAGAGUGUCAAGCAGGCUCAUCGAGACGAAGUUGAGCGUCUCAAGAGCGAUCACCGAGACGAGAUCCGUGAUUUCAAACGCAGGUAUGACGACGAGUUGGAGCAUGAACGCUCCCAGCGCAUUCAAGCACUGAGCCAGGUCUCUACCGCGACUGCACUCGAGAAGCAGAAGCAGCAGCUUGAGCUCGAUUCAAAGGAGCGAGAGAUUCUCAAUGUCAAGUCCGAAGUCGACCGGAUCAACGCAGGCCUCACGAGAGAGCAGGCUCUCAACGAUGAGCUGAGACAGACGCUGGCGAACGCAGGCAACACAGCUGCUGCCAUGGAGAAUGCUCGACAAGCGUUGCAGGCAAAGAUCGAGUUCCUCGAGUCCGACAACAAGUCACAAUCCGAGGCCUACGCGAGCAUGGAGCGGCGCAUGAGCGAGGCCCUCGAGAAGGCCGAAGAGUGCAUGGAGAAGCUCCGCAGAGAAGAAACGUUGCGGAGGAAGCUACACAAUCAAGUGCAGGAAUUGAAAGGGAACAUCCGCGUCUUCUGCCGUGUUCGGCCUAGCCAUCCAAGCUCCGGGGGCGAAGAGACGGCCAAAAUCAGCUUUCCAGACGAAGACGACUCGAAGCAAAUUGAGGUCCGCGGUCCCGAAGAGACCAGCAGCCUUGGAAAGGUCACCACGAAGAAAUACGAUUUCGAGUUCGAUCGCGUCUUCGACACCGCCUCCCACAAUAGCGCCGUUUUCGAGGAGAUCAGCCAACUGAUUCAGUCUGCCCUCGACGGCUUUAAUGUCUGCAUCUUCGCCUAUGGCCAAACGGGUUCGGGUAAGACCUUUACAAUGUCUUCGGAGGACGGCAUGAUCCCUCGCGCACUGCGUCAGAUCUACAGUACCAGCAAGGAACUUGAAUCCCGUGGCUGGUCGUACACCAUGGAGGGCAGCUUCAUCGAGGUCUACAACGAGGACAUUCGCGACCUCCUCGGCGAGGAGGGCCGCAGCACCACGUCCGCCACCAAGAAACACGAAAUUCACCACGAUACUGCUAAAUGCGAGACAACCAUCACCAAUAUCACUACCCUGAGCCUGAACUCGCAAGACCAAGUGGAGGGCAUCCUGGAGCAGGCCAUGGCGCGCCGCUCUGUCGCCGCCACAAGUGCCAACGAGCAUUCAUCGCGUUCGCACUCUGUGUUCAUCCUCAAGUUGCAGGGCUACAAUGCCACCACUGGAGAGCGGUCCAAGGGUACGCUGAAUCUUGUUGACCUUGCGGGCAGUGAACGUCUCAAUGCUUCCAAAGUUGAGGGUGCGCGCCUCAAGGAAACGCAGAACAUCAACAAGUCGCUAUCUUGCCUCGGCGAUGUCAUCAGCGCCUUGGGGCAGCAAUCUGCUGGAGGCUCUGGUAGUGGCGGCUUCAAUCCACGAGCAAGCGUCAAUGCUGGCAGCGGCUCAGAUGGCGGGGCUCAUAUUCCCUACAGGAAUAGCAAGUUGACGUACCUGUUGCAGUAUAGUCUGAGUGGCAACUCGAAGACGCUGAUGUUUGUGAUGGUUGCGCCGGAGAAGAAGCAUCUACAAGAAACGAUCACAAGCUUGAAGUUUGCAGAGAAGGUGGGGAACACAAGGAUUGGUGUGGCGAAGAGGUCGAAAUAA